AUGAGCGUUACUUCUGACGCGCCAUCUUCAAAAGGCGACGAUUCCAAAGAUGAUACAGUAUCCUGGAUGUCUGGCAAAACGGCCAAAGACUCAACCGUGCCGUCCAUCCGUGGCGAUAAGACAGUUGGGAAGGCUGAUGUACCUCCUGUCUCGAAUCCUGUCGCGCCACCUCCGCCUCCGCAUCUCGCUCCAAAAAGUUUCUGGCACCAGCCUCGGGACGGGGGUCCUGAUGCCAGCCCUGUUGAAAUCAAAUUGCUGGCCCCGAAGCGCCGGUUCCCGGUCGAAGUCUUCAAGAGCAUGGGGAAAUGGGUCAAGGGUCUCUUCCGCCGCAAUACCACCCUUGGCCUCAACGACAUGGAAUUGGAGGCGACCAUUCUGAGACACGGGCCGUUACGCGAGCAGGUCCUGGCAUUUGAGCAGAAUAUGCUACGCCUGGAACUGAAGCGCAUCCUAAAGCGCCGUUCCGAUGCCUCCAAUGACGCGUUGGUCCCCCAAGACAGCCAGAUCCGCUCAGCUGUUUCGAACGCCCUCCUGCGUGCUCAGGAGAAGGACGGAAGGGUGAGACAGCUGAUCACUGUCGAUCUCGAAACGCAGCCCGAUGUCGCCGUUGUAUUUAUGUCUGUCAAGCCCGCCCUGGAGCCUGUCCACAUGACAGACGUCCUCGGCCGCAAGUACGAUCUACCAUAUGAGCUGUGUCGGACUGUUCAAGGUGCGCGUAUGUGCAUCCGCGAACGCUUCAAAGAUGUUAACAGGCUGUGGCCCAUCGUGAGGGAUGGAGCAUUCGAAGUUGUCGACGAGGAAGACACCGUCAUCAUACCAGAGGCGUGGGCAACAACAAUUAAGCCAGGGGCCGUUGUCAAGAUGCGCGUCUCAGCAUUCAGCGAUGGCGGAAAACUCGCCCCGCACGUAAAUCAAGGACGUGAGCUCCUCACCUGGGCCGGGCCUUGGGCGGGGCCGUCCUUCCACAUACCUCCGGGUAUGUCUCCGCCUAUGGGGCCGAGACGUUUCCCUCCCCCUUCGAGGCCCCUGCCAGGCAUGGGCAGGCCGCCACCACGGCCGCCUAUGCAGCCGGUCAUUGUCAGCAUGACCCCGAAGGCCGCUACCAGAUACAAGCUCGGCUUUGAGCUGGAUUUUGGCUCCCCUUUGACCCGCGAGGAGGACCUCGGCGAGGACCGCAAGGACCUCGGAGCGUGGGUCGCUCUGUGGACCUACGCCACGGACACCAACUUCGCCACCGACUCAGGAGGCAUUCCGUCGUACGACGACGCCUCGUCAAUCAGUUCCGGGUCGUCCUCGUCUUCCUCGGAUUUCAUCGUCGACUGA